AUGUCAGGAAUAGAACAUCAAGUUGUGAACACUGAAAGUUGUGGAAAAAUUAACGUAUUCAUACAGGGUCCACGUAAUACAAAAGUUGCUUUCUUGACAGUUCAUGAUCUUGGAUGCAAUCAUAAUGAAAUCGUUAAUUUUCUUGCACACGAAUCCAUGGAACCGCUAGUUAAUCGAUGUACCUGGGUACAUGUAGAUGUUCCGGGACAAGGAGAUGGUGAAUCGGAUUUACCUGCAGAUUAUACGUUUCCUUCAGUUCAGCAACUUGCAGAAGGCAUGAGUGAAGUAUGCAAUGCACUUAGAUUACAGUAUGUUGUUGUUUUCGGUGAAGGAGCUGGAGCAAAUAUAUUAGUUAGACUGGUGAUGUUAAGAUAUGACAUAGUUUUGGGUGCUAUUUUAAUUCAUUGUACUGGAACAACUGCAGGGUUAUCUGAAAGUCUUCGAGAUAGAUUAAUUGGAUGGAAAUUAAAUACAGUUGGAAUGAAUCCAGCUGCAGAAUCAUAUUUAUUAAUGCAUCGUUUUGGUUCGGCUGCAGAUUCAGAAGACGAAGUGGAAGUACGAGAAGUCCUUAUAAAAUUUCGUCAAUCACUGAGAACAGCAAUUAAUCCGAGAAAUUUAAACAAAUUUAUUAUGUCAUUUAUGUCACGUACAAAAAUCUUAGAACAUGUCGAUCAAAUAAGAUGUCCCGUUUUAUUUCUAACCGGUGCAUUAGCAUCACAUAAUCAUACAGUGUUUCGUCUAUACAAUGCUGUUCUAUCCGCUGUACGAAAUGAUCCAAAUCUACAAGGUAAAGUUGAAUUGAUUCAACUAGAUAAUGUGGCAAAUGUAUUAAGUGAACAGCCUGAAAAAGUUGCCGAAUGUCUACAAUAUUUUAUCCAGGGAUUAGGUUUAGUAAGACUCAGAUAAAUCUGUGCUCGACCUAGAGCCUGGUCCGAGUCUAAAGAUGGGCUCUAGAAUGAGCGAGUCUUCGAUCGAGCCCCUCCAACGAUGCAUAAUGGCAAUGUGAUUUAUUUGAGUUCAUAGGUGAGUCUAUUGUAAAGGUUGCUAUGUCAGAUGAUGUAUCUCCUUUUGUUCGAAUUAAGUGUUUGCCAGAAAUAAACAGUUAUCUGAGCAUAUUUGCAAUAGACGGUCUCCAGUAUAUGUUCGCUGGGUCGCAACACCACAAGAUCCACCUAAGUACCUUUUGGAUUGGUUUAAUUUACCUACUUGAGCAUUAAAAUCACCCGCCACUAUUGCUACAUCAGAGCGUUUGGUUUUUUGUAGCGAAUUGGAUGACUUCCUACAAAAUUCAUCAGUGGGAGGGUAGGCAGAGACAAUGAGAAGACAAUGGCGUGUGUCCCGAUCUUUUCGAACUCUUACUGUUCCGUUUAGUCAAAAUGACUAUAUAUUGGAACCCACUCUAACAGCGUCUGUUCUGAUUUAGAAAAGAAUGCUAUGCCGAUGUUGGUUAGUUGUAUUGUCUCUAAACGGCAGUUCAUAAUAAAGUUGUUGUAUGUAAUCGGUCGAUUCCACUAUGUUUUCUGUUCAAUAAAGGCGUACAAUGAGCCUCCAUACUUUUUAAUAACGAAUAUUCUUAGGAAAUUCAAAAAAUAUUGAUUACUUUUAAUGAUGAUAACACACUAAAGUAAACAAUUAUUCAAGUAGAUCAAGCAUUUCAAUGCAAGUCACCAAGACUACAAGAAUGCUGAAAAGCAAUGAAGACUAUCAACUUUUUAUGUUGAUGAAUUGUUAAAUAUGUGUGAUAUCUUGUGCUUCCCACUUGCUGACCAGCUUUCCGAUUAACUGCUUAUAAACUAAAUAGAAUGCAUAUAUCUAUGCACGUUAUUUUAACAAAGCGUAUCCAUUCGACUAAAGACUAAAAAACGUUAAUAAAUUCUUAUAAUAAAUUAUGGAACAAGUAGUCAGUGAUGAUGCCCCAGUUACUGAAUUCUCGAUAUUGAAUUAGAAAUGUAGUGAUUGAAAGUCAAAAGGUAAGCAUAACUUUUAUUUGUUCUUUUGAACGCAUAAAUAUUAGUACAAAGGGGCACCGAAUACAUAUGCGCCACGCAAGUCACUUGAUUUGUGUGUGGGUUGUGAUACUACCCGGGUACCCAAACCGAAACGAGCCUUCGACCUAAAGGUUUAAUCCACAAGGCAGUGGAGGAACUUGAGGUGAUGCAGUCCCAACACUUUGUUCAUACGCCAUAUGUUUCCUCAGGAUGCUGGAACACAUAUGCACCAUUGGUUUGGAAUCAGGGUUUCCCAACUCUUCUAUGUGAACCCUUCUCGUCCACCAACCCGAUUAAAGCGCCGAAUAUUCGCUUUU